AUGGGUGGAUUCUAUGGUAUGAUAGACGAAACGAUCAACAAGUAUACGGGUUUAUCUCCAAUAAGUUUGGUUGUAAUAUCAAUUUUGAUGAUUAUAACAUACAAGAUUGUUAGUGGAAUGUUCGUAAUGGUUGAUGAUUACAAGGCAGUUCAAAAGAUGAAGGAAACUUUUGAGGAAGAUCUUAAAAGGGAACCUGUUCAACUUGGUGAAAUUACUGAAGAAAAGCUUAAAGAAUUUGAUGGUUCAGACCCAAAAAAGCCUCUUUUAAUGGCAAUUAAAGGACAGAUUUAUGAUGUUUCUAAAGGAAGAAUGUUUUAUGGUCCUGGUGGACCUUAUGCUUUGUUUGCUGGAAGAGAUGCUACUAGGGCUUUAGCUCUUAUGUCUUUUGAUCCUCAAGAUCUUAAUGGGAAUAUUGAGGGAUUGAGUGAAUCUGAGCUUGAUGUUCUUCAGGAUUGGGAGCUUAAGUUCAUUGAGAAAUACCCUAAAGUUGGUGUUCUUAAGAAUGAUGGUGAUGCUAUGGUGAAGGAGGACCAAGAGGAAGAUGAUAAGAAUGUUCUAGAAUCUAAGAAAGCUGUUUGAUUGUUGUUCAGAUUGAUGGGUGUUUUUGUACUUGAGGAUUAAGAAUUAAAAAUAUACUGACUUGAAGUAAGACUUUUGUUUCUGCUGGUUAAUUUAGUAUGAAUUGGUAUUGAGUUUGAUGAAGGAUUGAAGCCUAUCAUCAAUCAUUUCUGGUAGUAAUUCAUGAACUAGCUUUAUUAAUGGAAAUGUUGUUUUAGAUUUUGUAUCAGAUUGUUUUCUUUUCUGUUUACUGUUUUUUGGAUUGAUUUCCUAUUUUUAUUUUUCUAUAGUGUUUUUAGGGUUUUUGAUUUCCAUAUAGUUGUUGAAGCCCUUGUGACUUCCAAACACUAUAAAUUGUUAAGUCCUUAGACUUACAUGACUUGCUUAAAACCCUUCAAACGGGUUAAACCCUGAACUUUUAACGACUCAGUCCAUCUUAAAAACGAGCCACUGAGACAGAUGAACACCUCGGCUGAUAUAUGGCUGGGGUCCUUACAAGCGAUGAACUACGUGAUACAGCCUGCAGACUAGGCUUUGAAAGCAAAGACAGGAAGGGCACAACAGGACCAAAAUACAUAUAUGUCAACGCCAACAAUGAAAAUCAAGAGUGCAGGGUGACAGAUGAAACAUGUUAGGCACCAAGUAAAUCAUGCAUCCAUGCCAAAAACCAUCAUGAAACUUAUUGAUUUAAAAAAUUGCAAGUAGAUAUAUUACAUGUUUACAACUACUCUGUACACUUUGGUCAAUGUGACAUGCCUUCCAAAAAAAAAAACUAUCUGAAAAGAAAAUUUUUGUUAACAGCAGCAAAUUACUAUCAACUCAUAGAGGAUUUUAGGUACAACAAUGCCCUUAGGUUAGCAGGACCAUAGUUGACAUAGAUCGAUACGCCUUUGGACGUGACUCGGUCUCUAAGUCAUCUUCUCUGUAACUAUUAAAAUGAUUACAUCUGUAGUAGUGCUGUCUUUGUUGUCUUGAUUCAAGUCUUCUCUCCAUAUGUAUUAUACUAUUUCAUGAAAACAUAUAUUCCACAGCCUGGUCUGUCCUCUUUCCCUGUUAAAAUAAA